UCCGCCGCGAGAGGACAGUAUAAAUGUACGCAGGUGCAGGGGAGCAGGCAUAUGAGGACACGCCUCUGCCAUUCAAGUGCGAAGAGGACCAAAGAGGUGGAGCUGGAAAUCAACACUUAGCUGGAUGUGUCUCAAACUACUUCACAUUCAUAGAAGUUGUGGACUUGUAGAAAAUGUUUGGACCUUUCAGCAAACAUCUCCAGAGCUACCUGGCUGAGCGAAAGAGUCGUAGGACCAGGCUGGUGAACAAAGAUGGCCACUGCAACAUUGAAUAUGGAAACAUUAAGUACAGCAAAUACUUUGCUUACAUGACCGACUUCUGGACCACGUUCGUGGAGAUCCGGUGGCGUUUUGUGCUCUUCUUCUUCAUUGCCUCCUUCACCCUGAGCUGGUUCAUUUUUGGCCUGCUCUGGUACUGGAUUGCCCGUAGUAACGGAGAUUUGGCAUGGCAGGCGCCCCCGGCGGACCACACGCCUUGUGUCGAUAAUGUUGUCGGACUCACCACUGCGUUCCUGUACUCCCUUGAAACCCAAACCACCAUCGGGUACGGUGGUCGAGCCCUCACUCCUGUGUGCCCCGGUGCGGUGGCAGUUCUGGUCAUCCAGUCCCUUGUCGGAGCAGUUAUCAACUGCUUCAUGUGCGGAAUCAUUUUGUCUAAAAUUUCCUCACCCAAAAAGAGAGCUAAAACCAUCUCGUUUAGCGACAUGGCUGUUAUCGGCCCAAAGAACGGCACACUCUGCUUGUCGAUACGGGUGGCCAACCUUCGCAAGACCCUCAUGAUAGGAAGCCAGAUCUAUGGCAAAUUGUUGAGAACCACCAUUACAGCAGACGGCGAGGCAAUCAUCAUGGACCAGGUGAACAUUGACUUCAUGGUGGACGCUGGAAAGGACAACCUUUUCUUCGUGUGUCCGCUCACGCUUUAUCACGUCAUCAAUAAAAGCAGCCCUUUCUUUGAGAUGGCGGUGGACACGCUCCACAAGCAAGAGUUCGAGCUGGUCGUGUUUUUGGACGGCACCGCCGAGUCCACCAGCUCCUCCUGUCAAGUGCGGACGUCCUUUAUUCCCCAGGAGAUCAUGUGGGGCUACAACUUCCUGCCCAUCAUCUCCCGAAGCAAAGAAGGUAAAUACAGGGUCGAUUUCUCCAACUUUUCCAAGGUGGUGCCUGUGGCCACCGCGCACUGCGCCUACUGUUUCCACAACAUCAAAGGUCAUCACCACCACUCCAAAGAUGGAAUCGACAACCAGGGUUUUGAAGUGAUUGAUAUUCACGAUCCUGCAAGCAUCACUAAGAUGUAAGACCACAGAGACUGAGAACAAGACACCAGGCCUUUUAGUGCUCUCCGAUGAACCUCAGUUCAUUUUAGGUGAAGCAAACCUCAUUACAGUAUAAUGUGGAAAAUGUGUCGAGUUAUCGAGUUAUAAUGAACAAUUCUUUUAUGUAUGUCCUGUCUAUAAAAACGCGGCUGUGAAAGUCUAUCAGCCAAAAGCCCGUUUUCGGACAGGUUACCAUGUCAUGAAAAUGUCUUGGUUUAACAUGCCAGAAGAGAAAGGGAUGAAUAUACGUACGUCUUCUCACGAGAGAAAUAUACUCAAAUGAGUGCUUGCUGUCAAUGAAGACGAGUUGCUGUAAUUUACCUCGGACCCUGCACGUCGGGUUUUCUGAGGAUAGCAAAAGACUAUUUUUCUGUAUAUGAAACUUACUUGAACAAUUUGUUUUGAGUGCUUUGUAAUUGUCAUGGAUGAAGAAGCAAUAUUAGUGUUGGUUUAAUAACGCGUGCCGGCGUUGUUUGCCAUCCAUGAAAAGACACUUGGGCUUGAAACAUUAGCCUUUGUUUAUCUAUUCCAGCACAAGCACUCGGACUGCUUUAAUGUGGAACGUUUCAGUGACGAAAUGGUGCGAGAACAAUGUUCUCUGGGAAACACAAAAUUUUUUGGCUGUGUGCAGCCUUACCUAUUGAAUGAAAUUAAAUGUUUUUUUUUGUUUGUUUCUAAUUUGAUCUCAGGGUUGAAACAGCUGAAAUAAAACUAUUUUU